UCACGAGGUGGCGUCACUUCCGACGUGUGCGUCCGGCGUCCGCCUUCCGCGGGAUGGCGGCUCUGCGGAGUUGGCUGUCGCGGAACGUAGCUUUCUUCUUCAGGUACAGACAAUGUGUUCCAGUCGUGGCUAACCUUAAGAAGCGCUGUUUCUCAGAACUGAUAAGACCAUGGCACAAAACUGUGGUGGUUGGACUUGGGGUAACCCUUUGUGCAGUUCCUAUUGCACAGAAAUCGGAGCCUCAUUCUCUUAGUAAUGAUGCAUUAAUGAGGAGGGCUGUGUCUUUGGUAACAGAUAGCACCUCUACCUUUCUCUCUCAGACCACAUAUGCAUUGAUUGAAGCAAUCACUGAAUAUACUAAGGCUGUUUAUACCUUAAUUUCUCUGUACCGACAAUAUACAAGUUUACUUGGGAAAAUGAAUUCACAGGAGGAAGAUGAAGUAUGGCAGGUGAUCAUAGGAGCCAGAGUUGAGAUGACUUCAAAACAGCAAGAAUACUUGAAGUUGGAAACCACCUGGAUGACUGCAGUUAGCCUUUCAGAGAUGGCAGCAGAAGCUGCAUACCAAACUGGAGCGGACCAGGCCUCUAUAACGGCCAGGAGUCACAUCCAGCUGGUGAAAUCACAGGUGCAAGAAGUACGCCAGCUUUCCCAGAAAGCGGAGACCAAGUUGGCAGAAGCGCAGACGGAAGAACUCCGACAGAAAACACAAGAGGAAGGGCACGAGAGCGCUGAACCAGAGCAGGAAGCCUACCUGCGUGAGGAUUGAGGGCCUGAGCUGCUGCCCACAUCUCCCCACUCUGCCCGGGGAAAGCAAGGGCAGAUGCCAUCCAGCACAGAGUUGGCACAGCUUUCUCUGCAGAGGCAGGUUUUGCCCUGGCCCAUCAGACCUGAGUCAUUGUGAGCUGUGAGUGCCUGACCCCUGUCCCCAUGGUCUCAGGCUUGUACCAGACCUGGUUCUUAGCCCAUGGGCACUGCACCCUAUUGAACAUUUCACCCACUCAGCACAGCUGCCCUCUCACCCUUCAAUCUUUACCUCCCACCAGAACAUCUCACCAAGCUGGCCAGAGAGAGGGCACCUUCUCUGUUAAGUCCACAAGUUCAAUAGUUGUUUAACCUCAGUUUCCCAUCUUAUUCACAUUUUCAAAUAUGAUUUAGUAUUUGUUCCCUCCAUAGGGAUGUGAGUUUUUUGGGGGAGAUGGAGCCUGUCCUGUAAGAUUUCUUAUUGUUCUGUUUCUAAUGCCUUGGCACCACUGCCCUGUGAGGACAGCUCAGGCCAAUGAGCCAAAAGUCCUCAGUUCUUAGGGGACUGAAUGUGGAGUGUUUACCUGGUGCUCUCAACAGGACUUAAUUCCAACACA